AUGCAUAUUACCCCAUUGCCUUUGUUCGUCUUUUUCUUUAUAUAUCUGGCAGUUAUCGCUGUUGUCAAUGGCUACGAAACUCAUUACUUUGAGUUAAACAUUACCCGUGAAAGUAUUGAUCCUGACUGUUCUGGGUAUAAAGGCGGCAAACUUCUGGUGAACGGUCAAUUGCCGGGACCACCCAUUGAAGUGACGACAGGCGACAGAGUCAAGAUGCUGGUACGAAACUUAUUACCAAAGCAUGACCCAAUCGUGUUCUCCGAAGAUUCGGUGCUCGGUGGUCAUUCGAACGAUGUUGCUAUUCAUUGUCACGGAAUUCGUCAAAUAGGCUCCAACGAAGCCGAUGGCGUACCAUUCUUGACACAAGAUCCUAUAAAGCCACAAGAUAGCUACUUAUACGACUUUCGAGUGACCGAGCAAGCGGGAACUUUCUUUUACCAUAUGCAUGUCCUGGCUUCAGAAGAAACGGUGAUGGGCGCGUUUAUCGUCUACGAAUCCAAGGAUGCCAACCCUAGACAACGAAGAAGCAGUCAUGAUAGACUCGUCGCUGGGCCGUACCAUUACGAUGAAGAAAGGACUAUUGUGAUGAGCGAGUGGUGGCACAACACAUCGGAUGAGAUUGCAGAGUACAUGCUUGGUCCUAAAUUUCACGGUAUUCCCGAAGCACACAGCAUCUUGUUGAAUGGACAGACGCUAUACCAUCCAAAGCAUCCUAAGGGCCCUGAUUGUGGUGGUUACUCGGUCAUUUCUGUGGACCCAGAAAAGACAUACCGUAUCCGCGUCAUUGGUGCCAUGGUGUUCCGCACUCUUGGAUUUGCUAUUGCUCAUCACGAUCUAACCGUCAUUGAGUCUGACGGCACUCUGCUCCAGCCAUAUGAUGUGCCGUACUUGGAAAUGACACCAGGACAGCGCUUCUCCAUUUUACUGCGUCCUGCUACUCAAAAUCACAAGCGACAAGGCGACUAUACAAUCAAUACUAUCCGCCGUUAUGCUGCAGGCGUAGAUCCAGCUUCGAACGGAAUGGCCAUCCUGCGAUACACAUCGUCUGACUCGUCAUAUGACCGUCCUCAUCACCAUCAAAAAGCUAGCAGCGAUGACACAUUAUACGACGGGGUAUCAAUAUUUUCCACGCCUCACGAUAAAUACAAGUUUCCUCCAGACAUGUCAUACUGGUACUGGUCGAAACUUAGGCCAGUCGAGCCGGUGGUAUCGGUUCUCAAACGUAAACCAUCUCGGACACUUAUAUUAGACACUGGAAGCAAAAAGUUGCCGACCGGGGCAGAGCGCUGGUACGUCAAUGAUGUCGUCUUUACGGAUCCCAAAGAAACCCUUUUGACGUCCACCAUGUCGGGAAAGCGACAAGAACAAUAUCGACUGCCUAAAACUGGAGCAGCAUCACGUCAGCGGACCAAAUCAAUCUCUACAACUGGAUACGAUCCAUAUCUGGAUACUUAUCCUUUGGAGUAUAUGGAAGUAGUCGAUUUUGUGAUCCAGUCUACGUACGUAAAAGGAGGCGCGCCCUGUCGAAGUCAUCCUUGGCAUACGCAUGGCCAUUCGUUUUACGAGCUUGCUUAUGGCUCCGGUCUUUACGACGAAACAACCGAUGGUGAUUUACGCAAUGUGCCUCACCCAUUUUUACGGGAUGUUGUCUUGGUUUACCCGGCUGAAGACUUAAGGGUAUCAGAAGCUGCAGCAAACGGUACAGUAUUACCGUGUGGCUGGACGAAAAUACGCCUUACCGCCGACAACCCUGGCUUUUGGGCUACACAUUGUCAUAAUGCUUUCCACAUGCUCAUGGGCAUGAUGUUCACCAUGGAGAUCGCUCCUGAGCUGCUGCUGACUGAAGCGGGCAAAAAUUUAACAAUGUCCUGA